AUGCCUCCAAGCCAGCGGCCCCGGGUCCUUCCAAGCAAAGAGGAGCUGCAGGCACAGGAUCAGGCUUCCAAGAAGCGCCAUCCUCACCCCGGGGUGCACCCUGGAUCCGGCCGGCACCGACACCGGAGGGGCGAUGCUGCCAACCCUGCAGCUGCAGCUGCUGCUGCUAAGGCUCCCCCACCUGCGAAGUUAUUCAGACAGCCGUUCCCGCCCAAGAAGCCGUCCGAGCCCUCCGGCACCCAGGACCAGCAAGUGGAGGGAGAAUCAAGGAAGCCGCGGCCAUCUCGACCGCCACCCAAUCGGCCGGCCUCUCGGGCAUCCCGGCCGCCCGGGCACAGGAGGUACCAGGACCACGCGCCGGGUUGGCCAGGAGCCUUUCUGCACAAGUCGGAGCACCAGAAUGACACCAGCGCUUGUCCGCUGCCUGGCUUGGUAGCUUCCUACGCGCCUAACAAGCGCACGGCCCUGGCCUCGCACCCCCGAAGUGGAUCGACCUGGCUGCGCUUCAUGCUCGAACGUGCUUCAUCCUUGCCCUGUGGCUUCGAGGAUCCUGGCUGGGCAAAUAUCCUGCCUCACGUUGGGGAGGAUCCUUCUCACCCGCAGAACGUGAACAAGGAGGGGCUCGUCGUGAAAACGCACAGCAUUUGCUACGGCUGUUGGGCUGAUGCUGGCAUCGAGGACCGGCUGACCAUCACCGGCCACACCAGGAUGACUCUGGAGAAAGCGGCGGCGCUGGUAGGACAGGAGUAUGCAGAGCGCAUCCAGUCGAAAGGCUGCUGUCUUGUUUUUCCACCCAGCACGCUCGAGUCAAUGAUCCGACAGCCUCUUGGCAGCAAGAGCAAUGGACGGGUCAGCUAG